UGAAGAAACACAGGUUCUGUUUUUUAUUUAUUUGGGAGUUGUAUCCUGAGAUCGUUGUUUUCGUCGAGGAUGAGAGGAAGGAAGCUUACGUUCGCGCUGCUGCUUCUCGUAGCCUUCGUUUCGUUUCAGAAACUUUGCUUCUGUGACGAUCAGACGGUCUUUUACGAACCGUUCGACGAGUCGUUCGAUGGCCGCUGGGUCGUUUCGGAGAAAGGGGAAUACCAAGGUGUCUGGAAGCAUGGGAAGAGCGAGGGGCAUGAUGAUUAUGGGCUUCUGGUGAGUGAGAAGGCCAGGAAGUACGGAAUCGUCAAAGAGCUGGAUAAGCCACUGAACCUCAAGGACGGAACCGUCGUUCUUCAGUACGAGGCUCGUUUCCAGGAAGGGCUGGAGUGUGGAGGCGCUUACCUGAAAUAUCUCCGUCCUCAAGAAGCCGGAUGGACGCCUCAGGGGUUCGAUAACGAAUCUCCGUACUCCAUCAUGUUCGGACCCGACAAGUGCGGGGUUACAAACAAGGUGCAUUUCAUCCUCAAGCACAAGAAUCCCAAGAGCGGUGAAUACGUGGAACACCAUCUUAAGUUCCCUCCCUCUGUCCCAUUCGACAAGCUUUCCCAUGUCUACACUGUCAUUUUGACUCCCGACAACGAGGUCAGAGUUUUGGUCGAUGGAGAGGAGAAGAAAAAGGCCAACUUGCUGUCUGCUGAAGACUUUGACCCUCCUUUGAUCCCUCCCAAAACCAUCCCUGACCCAGAAGACAAGAAGCCAGAAGAUUGGGAUGAGAGAGCCAAGAUUCCCGAUCCCGAUGCCGUGAAGCCGGAUGACUGGGAUGAGGAUGCUCCUAUGGAGAUCGAGGACGAGGAAGCUGAGAAACCUGAGGGGUGGCUGGACGAUGAGCCGGAAGAGAUCGAUGAUCCUGAGGCAACCAAGCCUGAAGACUGGGAUGAUGAGGAAGACGGGGAGUGGGAAGCUCCUAAGAUCACUAACCCGAAGUGUGAGGCAGCUCCUGGUUGCGGGGAAUGGAAGAGGCCGAUGAAGAGGAACCCUGAAUACAAGGGCAAGUGGAGUGCCCCUUUCAUCGAUAACCCAGCCUACAAGGGAAUCUGGAAACCGAGGGAGAUUCCUAACCCGAACUACUUCGAGCUUGACAGGCCGGACUUUGAGCCCAUUGCAGCCAUUGGUAUAGAGAUAUGGACAAUGCAAGACGGCGUCCUGUUCGACAACAUCUUGAUUGCCAAGGACGAGAAGGUUGCUGAGACAUACAGACAGACGGGAUGGAAACCCAAGUUCGAUGUCGAGAAAGAGAAGCAAAAGGCCGAGGAAGAAGAUGCCGGUGGACUCCAUGGUCUCAAGAGCUACCAGAAGAAGGUGUUCGACCUGUUGUACAGGGUUGCAGAAAUUCCGUCCCUCGGUGACCACAAGGACAAGAUCAUUGAAUUCAUCGCGAAAGCCGAGCAGCAACCGAACAUAACCGUCGGUGUCCUUGUCUCCGUCGUGGUCGUGAUCCUCUCGCUCUUAUUCAAGCUCAUCUUCGGUGGUAAAAAGGCGAAAGUAGAAAAGAAGAAGAAACCCGAAGUAGCAGAGACCCCAAAGAAGAAGGAGAAGGCCGAGGAAAAGCCAAAGGAAGAAGCAGCAGCCCCGCGGAAGAGGCAACCGAGACGUGAGGGUUAGUGAGGAAAGAUGGCGAUGAUUUUGAGAUGCGAAGGGGUUUGGCCUUUUGAGGAGAGAUGAAGAGAGGAGUUCGUUGUUUUCCGGUUUUUUUAGAUUCAUAUUCAGAUGGGAUCGUAAGAGCCAUUGUGGAUUCGUUUUCUUUCCCUCAGAUGAUCACAAGUUGAUGAAAUUCGCAGCCCAAAGUA